AAUUUUAAUCAGUGUCCAUUUUCCAUUCAAUCAUGAUCGCCCUCUCAGUGUUGGUCUUAUUUACGGCUACCGUAAUUGCUUGUGUCGUGUACAUAUGGUGGUACCAAAACUUUUCCCGUUUCUUCACUCUCUUGAAGAAAGUUCCUGGACCCUCCGGGUACCCGAUUAUAGGCAACCUGCUCCAGUUUUUCGGAUCUCAAGAAGAAAUCUUCAAAAUCGACCGCAAAUUUAACAAAGAGUACUACCCUAUAUAUAGUGAAUGGACUCUGACAUAUGGCGCUGUUAACUUAACCCACCCUGACGACAUCGAGUUAAUUUUAUCCAGUAAUAAACAUACCGAUAAAAGCAUAAUUUAUACCUAUCUACACGCAUGGCUGGGAACCGGUUUACUCACCAGUGGCGGCGCAAAAUGGCAAACGCGCCGCCGAAUUCUAACUCCGGCUUUCCACUUCAGUAUCCUACAAGAGUUCGUCCCCAUUUUUAACGAAGAAACAGUAAAACUUGUGCAAGAAUUGAAAACCCGUAACGGGAGUCCUGUUGAUAUCCUAUCACCAAUAAGUCAAUUCACGCUGUUAUCAAUAGCAGAUACUUCGAUGGGAGUCAAACUUGACGCGUCCCCCAAAAGCUGCGACGACUACAAAAGCGCCAUUCACACCUUCGGGCGUGCUUUAACCUACCGCAUGUUGCGCCCGUGGCUUGUAAACGACACCGUUUUCUACAACUUUACCCGUUUUGGCCGCUUUACCCGAAAAUCGAUACAAGUACUGCACGAUUUUUCCAGAAAUGUUAUUUCUGAGAGAAAACGGAACUCCAAUUGCGGUCCCAAAACCAAAAGACUGGCGAUGUUGGAUCUUCUCUUGAGCGCGAAAAAACAAGGGGCGAAUAUCGAUGACGAAGGGAUAGCUGAAGAAGUUGACACUUUCAUGUUCGAGGGUCACGACACUACGGCUAUCGCCAUCUGCUACACCCUUCUCCUUCUUGCCAACCACCCGUCAAUCCAAGAAGAAGUGUUUCAAGAAAUUAAGGACGUACUGGGGUACCCAGCGAAGUCUCCAACGUACAGCGACUUAAAAGAGCUGACUUUAAUGGAGCGGUGUAUCAAAGAGUCGUUGCGGUUGUUCCCCAGCGUUCCUUUCAUUUCUAGAGUGGUCGCUGAAGAUAUUACAACCGUCUCGGGUUACGUGGUACCGAAAACCGCCGCUGCCAAUAUUCACAUUUAUGAUUUACAUCGAAACCCGGAGAUUUAUCCUGAACCGGAACGGUUUGACCCGGAUCGAUUUUUGCCCGAGAAUACGAAAAAUAGGCACCCUUUUGCCUAUUUGCCUUUUAGUGCAGGUGCGAGGAAUUGUAUAGGGCAGAAGUACGCGAUGUUGGAGCUGAAGGCGGUACUGUGCGGAAUUGUGGGCACUUUUGUUCUCGAGGCAGUGGAUAAGGUUGAAAAUGUGACUAUGGUUACAGAUCUGGUACUUAGGUCCAAAGAGGGCAUCAGGGUCAAGUUUAUAUCACGAAGUAAUGUACUAAAUAUGUUAGUCGUGCUGGUACCAGUAGUUCCUUUUAUUUUGAUAAUCGGGGUAAUCUGGUGGUACCAAAACUUCUCUAGGGUGGGUAGACACAUAAAUAAGCUCGACGGGCCUGGGUAUCCAAUUGUGGGGGUAUUUCUGGAUUACCUUUUCGGAGAUCUAGAAAAAGUCUUCCAAAAUGAUCGUGACAGGUGUGCCAAGUAUUCACCAAUUUUCAAACUUUGGAUUUUCCAUAAAGCGACUGUGAUUUUGCAAAAACCGGAUGAUAUUGAGAUUAUCCUCUCCAGCACCAAACACAUCAAGAAAAGCCAAAUUUACGACAACCUCCACAUGUGGCUGGGAACUGGACUUCUAACCAGCGAUGGCGAUAAAUGGAAAAGUCGUCGCAAAAUUUUAACCCCGGCUUUCCACUUUGCCAUUCUCAAGGGUUUUGUGGACGUUUUUAACGAAGCAACGGAGUCACUGGUUAAAGAUUUAGCAACGCGUGCUCACGAAGACUACAUCGAUGUGGUACCACCCAUCACACAGUUCACUGUGCAGUCGAUGGCGGAAACUUCCAUGGGAACAUCCCUGGAUUUAACCCAACAAAUCAACCGAAAUUACAAAAAGGCGAUUCUAGAUUUCACCAAAAUCGCUUUAUACAGAUUAACUAAACCCUGGUUGUACGACGAGAACCUGUUUAAGUUGAUUCCAUCGGGUAAACAAGCGACCAAAAUCGUGAACACGCUUCACGAAUUCACCAGGAACAUCAUCCACGAAAGAAAAAAACUGUUCAAGAGUUCAUACACAACGCAGAAGAGGUUAGCAAUGUUGGAUCUUCUUCUGAAAGCGCAGGAGACAGAUGGCGCUAUUGACGAUGAGGGGAUACGCGAAGAAGUGGACACUUUUAUGUUUGAGGGUCACGAUACUACUGCAGUUGCUAUUUGCCACAUUCUGAUGCUUUUAGCCAAUCACAAAAACGUCCAAGAUGAAGUUCGCCAAGAAAUUAUUGACGUAAUUGGAGACAACUCACAACCACCAAGUUAUAGCGACCUACAAGAACUUGCAUACACAGAAAGAUGUCUUAAAGAGUGUCUGCGGAUUUAUCCGAGCGUGGUUUUGAUAGGUAGAGAUAUAAAUGAGGAUGUACAAACUUCUACAGGGUAUACAAUUCCGAAAGGGACCAUGGCACACAUUUUUAUUUACGAUUUACAUCGAAACCCGGAUUUGUACCCUGACCCUUUGAAGUUUGAUCCGGAUCGAUUUUUGCCCGAAAAUAUCCAAAAAAGACACCCUUUUGCCUAUAUACCUUUCAGUGCAGGGUCUAGAAAUUGUAUAGGACAAAGGUUUGCAAUGUUGGAACUGAAAGCACUUCUGUGUGGGAUUUUAAGAAAGUUUAAUUUGGAAGCUGUUGAUAGGCCAGAGGAUAUUGUUUUUCAAGCAGAUUUAGUACUCAGGAGCAAGAACCCUAUUAGGGUGAAGUUCAUCAAAAGGAAUUAAUACAAAAACUGUCUUAAUUUGUAGUCUAACUAGAUAAUGGGGUUUAAGUAUAUCUAAAUGUUUAAAUAUUUUUAAUAAAACUUGUUUCACUACAA